ACCCUCUCCACUCCUGCAGUCCACAAUCUGGGGAAUGGUGCCGCUCACAGUGGGGUGGGUCUUCCCACCACAGUUAAUGCAGUCUAGACAAUCCCCCACAGACAUGUUCAGAGGCCCAUCUCUCCGGUGAUUCUAGAGUCUGCCAAGUUUGACAACACUAAACGUCAUAUCCCUCCUCCUAGAAGCUGUCAAGAUUUACAACUUGUCUGCUCUUCCUCUCUCCUCCACCUUGAACUCCAAUUGAAUCGUCCUUAAGUUUUCUUCUGGGUUCAUUUUUACAUUAUUUUAUCUCUGAGGCUAAGAAGCCACAAAAGGGCUCCAACAUGCUCCUUGGUAACAUACACAAUCAAAUACUGUAUGCUGUCCCAAGACCCCCCCCCCCAGGAACCCCAACAGUGCACAGAGUAUCAGUCUAACCCAUCCCUUUUCUCUUCGUUCCUAUCUGGCUAUAGUACCUGGCAGUUGGAGCUUGACAGUGUGCCUAGAUCCUCUUCCCUGCCAUACCAGAACAAAGGACAAAACAGCACAUCCACCAGCAGGCGCCAGACAAGUCCAGGAAACUGAAGCCUGAGAAGUUCUGAGAAGAAAUAUGCCAGGAAGAGGUGGCUGUAAACCCGACAGGCAGAAGGACCCAGCAGAGACCAGCAAAGCCUGUAGAUCAUCACAUUCCACCAGAAGCUUCCAGAUGAACCCACAUGAAAAAGCCCUUCAACAAUACUCCUAAACAUCAGAGGGGACAGAAGCUUGGGGAGCCCAACAAGAGACGGUGGCUGCAAUAUGGCUCAGAGUGACUUCCUCUACCCAGAAAACCCAAGGAGGCGGCAGGAAGUGAACCGUCUUCACCAGCAGCUCCUGGACUGCCUGUCUGACAGCUUCCAGGUCACCAACGAGCUGGCAGGGGUUCUGAACACCCACUUGGGCUGUAAGCUGGCCUUCAUCGAAAUGAAAAGAGAUGGGACCAUCAAAGAAAACUGUGACAUCAUUAUCCAAGCCAUGACAAAAAUCCAGAAGGAACUGCAAAAGGUUGAUGAGGCACUGAAAGAGAAACUGGAGCCAACACUUUAUAGGAAACUUCAGGAUAUCAAGGAAAGGGAGACAGAGAAGAUAGCGAUUGUGCAAAAGGUCAUUUCUGUCAUCCUGGGAGAAGCUACAUCUGCAGCCAGUGCAGUGGCUGUUAAACUCGUGGGCUCAAAUGUCACAACUGGCAUAAUUAACAAGCUGGUCACUGUGCUAGCUCACAUCGGGACUUCUCUCCUUGGUAGCAUUGGAAUUGCUGUGCUCAGUCUUGGCAUAGAUAUGAUCAUCCAAGCCAUCUUGGGAGCAGUGGAGAAGACACAGCUUCAAGCAGCCAUCAGAAGUUACGAGAAGCAUCUGGUGGAGUUCAAGGCCGCCUCGGAGAGGUACCAUCAUGCCAUCACUGAGGUCAGCAGUGCCGUGAAGCGCCAGAUAAGAUGAAGUCACGUCUCUACCGCUGGGCUAGUCCUCUGCUUCCCCCUCCAUUGCAAUGCUUAUUUAACUAGCUUCAUUUUCCAUACUCCUCUCAUGUUGACAGAGAUGGAGUAAACGAUUUGGAAUGUUUGGGUUCUGGAGCAACAGUGAGUGCCCAACUCGGUGGUACCAGACCCUCAAGAGAGAGUCUCUAACCAGACGUUUUCUUCCCCUUCUGUCAGAACCAUGUGGUAGAAAUGCAUCACCGAGCAGUAGGUACAGAAUUGUUUCCUUGUUCCCAAUCAGUGUCCUCAGACAUCCCACAUAAAUGUAGAGACCAUGCCUAUCACCUGUCCCAGCCAUCACAUGGGUCUAACGAGACGUACCCAUCGGGCUGGACACACACCUAUGGGCCUGCAGGUGAACUAGAAGUGCUUCCAUAUUUUUCCCACUAGAUUAAAUCCAAUUGUCUGAAAACUGGAAAGGACAGCAAAGCAGCCACAUUUCCUUCAAGAACAAAAGGAGGCGAUGGCGCUCACUCAACGUCUACUAACUACAAAGCGUGCCUGCGUAGAUUUGGAAAAAGAGAAAAUAAUAAAACUUGUUUCUAUAAUGCAACUAAUAUUGACAAAGUGUCAUGUAUCACUUCAGCAGUGUAACACUCUGGAACAUUCUAAAACACAAACAAGAAAUAAAUCCCAGCUAUCCACGCAUAAAACAUAUUAGGGGGAGGAAGAAGACUCCAUGCCCUUUAGGAAUUUUAGAAACAGCCAGAGGCUAU